CUCUCUCUCUCUCUCUCUCUCUCUCUCUUUCAUUAAAAUAAAAUCUCAUCACAAAAUUCAGAGACAUACAUAGAUGUCUUUGAUGAUAAAGGUUUUUGCCAUUGGUGGCGCACACAUGCUCAUGCCCUCCCUCAAAUUCCCAUUCCAACCAAUCACCUUUUCCACCCCCUUUAUAAAUCCCAAAAACAGUUGGGCCAUUUUUCUCUCUGCCCAAUCAACUCCCUCCAUUUCAAUCCAACGCCACUAUCCCCAACACAACAAAAAAGAAAAAGAAAAAGAAAAAAGCAAAGAAAACAAUUUCAACAAAGCUUGGAGGGACCAAGGUAUAUAGUUAGAUUGGAGGAAAAAUAAAAAUUUAAGAGUCAGUCAGUCCCCCAAAACUGCAGAGAGAGGAAAACAUCUUUAGUCCAACUAGAGAGAGAGAGAGAGAGAAAGAAGAGGCACAACCACAAGAUAACAAAACAUUGCUAAUAAGCAACAACCCUAUUUUUCUUUUCUUUUCUCAUUUCAAAGCCAAAGCCAAAAGCCUUGUUUUUCACUCUUCCAUCCAAAUUCCAACUCUCAAAGUUGCAAAGCAAAAACCCAUCAUAAAGCAAGCUCUCUCUCUCUCUCUCUCUCUCUCUCUCUCUCUCUCUCUCUGUUUCUUUCAGAGGCAGAGUGGUUGUGGAGGUGGUGGUGAGAGGUGACAAAAAACCCACCAAUGGAAUUCACCUCAAGGCCUCAAGAAAUCAGAGAGAAGCAACCAUAUUCAUAUUCUCCCAUAAACUCCCCCAGAAGCAAUGGCACCAACACAAACACAAAGACAAACACAAACAGCAGUGUCUGCAGCAGCAACACCAACAACAACAACAACAACAACAAUAGCUCAGGGGUUCAAAUCCCCACAACCCCAAAGCUCACAACUCCCAGAUCUGACCCCAAUCCCUACCCAACAACCUUUGUCCAAGCAGACACCACAAACUUCAAACAUGUUGUCCAAAUGCUCACAGGCUCCUCUGAAACUGUAAGCCACCAAUCUUCCCCCAAACCAACCACAACCCAUCAUCACCAUCAUCCUCACAGCCAUCAAGAUCCAACCGUUUUACCCUCCUCCAACAAAAGCUUCAACAUCCCACCAAUCAAAACAGCCCCUCCCAAAAAGCAAGGCUUCAAGCUUUAUGAGAGGAGGAGCACCAAUCUCAAAAACACCCUCAUGAUCAACACCUUGAUGCCCAAUUUUCCCCAUCAAGCAUCUGGGUUCUCGCCACGUCAUCAGGAGAUCCUGUCCCCGAGCUUGCUGGACUUCCCUUCCCUCACUCUCAGCCCAGUGACCCCGUUAAACGACGACCCGUUUGACAAGUCCUCUUCGUCGCCUUCUUUGGGGAAUUCUUCAUCGGAGGAAGACAGAGCAAUUGCAGAGAAGGGGUUUUACUUGCACCCAUCUCCGAGAACGACGACAACUCCCAGAGACCCUGAGCCCAGGCUUUUGCCUUUGUUUCCAGUCACUUCGCCUAGAGUUUCUGGGUCUUCUUCUUGAUCAUGAGGAAGAGAGAGAGAGAGAUGUGUAGUAUUAUUACUGUGAGUGAUUUUGAUUACAAGGAUCAUCAGAAGAUUAAUGGGUUUUGGAUGAUUUUCAAUGACAGGUACAGAUCUUUGUUUUAAUUGUACAAUUUGAUAUCUCUUCCAUAAAAUGGUAAAAGGCAGCAGCUUUGUUUAACCUCCUUCUUCU